AAAUCACAACGCCAGUCACACGUUAUCGUGUUAUCGAUAAGAUUGGAGGCUUAUUGGCGCUUUUUGGUUUUUGUUUUUGGGGGGUAUAUAGUACUCGUCUAUAAGAACGCCGGAGGACCGGGGAAUGCCAGUCAGUUGGAUUCCAUACGUGCCGACGCGAACAUGGCUCACUUUCAGUUUCUGGCCGGGCUUCUCAUCCUCCUGCUGGCCUUGGCCGAGGGCACCCGCCUCCACAGGAUACCCCUCCACAGAUCUCCGAACUUCAAGAGGACCCGCGAGGCGAUUCUGGCGGAGCAGCUCUACGUAUAUCACAAGUACAACUUGACCUCCACGGCCAACGGCUUCCCCAUGGAGCAGUUAUCGAACCUCGACAACCUGCAGUACUACGGCAACAUCAGUAUCGGAACACCGGGCCAGGUCUUCAGCGUCCAGUUCGACACGGGCUCCUCCAAUCUGUGGGUGCCCAGCGCCCAGUGCUCGAGCCCAGGCUGCGUCCAGCACAGGCAGUACUACAGCAACAUGUCCAGCACCUUCCAGAGCAACGGAUCGGUCUUCGAUAUCACCUACGUGCUGGGCAGUGUGGCGGGAUUCAUGUCCCAGGACGUGGUGACCGUGGCAGGACUUCCGGUCAAGAAUCAGACCUUCGGCGAGGUGACCACGGAAACAGGUUCCAACUUCCUCAAUGCCAGCUUCGAUGGAAUCCUGGGCAUGGCCUUCCCCUCGCUGGCCGCCAACCUGGCCACCCCGUUCUUCCAGAAUCUGUACCACCAGAAACUGGUCCAGCAGCCCGUCUUCUCGUUCCUCCUGCGGAAUAACGGAACCACCGCCAGCUACGGCGGAGAGCUGAUCCUGGGCGGUUCGGAUCCGGCGCUCUAUCGCGGCCAGCUCACCUACGUGCCGGUCAGUAAUCCCGAGUACUGGCAGUUCUUCACGGACUCUAUCCAGAUGGGCAACACACUGAUCAGUCGGGGAUCGGCGGCCAUCGCGGACACCGGCACUUCCCUCCUGCUGGCUCCCAUCGCCCAGUACACCCAGAUCGCAAGAAUCUUCAAGGUUAACUCCCAGGGCUACUUCCGGUGCCGCAAGAUCAGUGCGUGGCCGACGCUGAACUUCAGGAUCAAUGGAGUGUCCUUCAAGGUGCCGCCGCAGAACUAUGUCCUGCAGGAAGGCACCUACUGCACCCUGGCCAUCGUGAGCUCCAACCAGGAGUUCUGGAUCCUCGGCGACGUCUUCCUGGGCCUCUACUACACGAUAUUCGAUGUGGGCAACCAGAGACUGGGCUUCGCGAAUGUGAAUUCUGGAACUGCCCCCAGCCAGGUGGGAGUAGUCCUUAUGGUAUUGGCCUUUAUCGUAUUGAGGCUGUGGGUCCAUUGAGUUCGAGUCUGAAUCAUGAUUGUUAAUAUAUUUUUUUUUUGUUAUAAAAUAUUAAAUAAAUAAAGUAGGAAUGUUAAAUAUAAUUAUAGUUUGUGGGGGAUAUUGUGGCCAAGAAACAAUUAUGAUUAGAAGGGACAAGGUUACAAAAUUAUAAUACCCUUAACCCAUUUCUCCGCUAAUUUUAUUUAAUUACCCAAAAGAGCUUUAAUUGAUUUUGUAAA